AUAAUUUUUACCCGUAGAUAUUGAUUUGAAAUUAAUGUCAAGUUACCUUUUAGGUAACUUUAUCUGCUCGAUAUUUUACACCGUAGAUAUCUACUUCUUGAAAUUACGGGCAUAAAAAUGGAAAUAAUUUUCCUCUACACUGAAUUAAAUUAUCGAACUAAUUUUUCCUGCUCUAUUAUAAAAUAGAAAAAUUGAAGAACUAUCAUUUUUCUUUAACUGACACUUAAAAAAUAUUUUUAAUUAAAAACGCUGCAAAAAAAAAUAUUGAAAUAAAUCCUGAUAUUGAAAAACAUAUAAACAAAAAACAUAAGAUCUCGAAAACCUCCUUAACCUUUAAUUCCUUAAAAAAUCACAAGCUCAAAAAUGUUUCGCGAUAGUGCUUCCAAUCAAAUGAUUGAUUUCAAAAAUAAUAUGACCUCAUCGGUGGGCACAAUAACCACUGCAAGUGGAAAUCCCAUAGGUACCAAAGAUGCCUGCCUUAGUGUGGGAGCCAAGGGGCCUCUACUCCUGCAAGACUCAAUAUUUCUCGAUGAUAUGGAACAUUUUGCUAGAGAACGUAUACCAGAACGUGUAGUCUUUGCCAAAGGUGCCGGGGCUUUUGGUUAUUUCGAGGUGACCCAUGAUAUAACGAAAUAUUGUGCCGUAAAAUUAUUUGAUAGGAUCAAAAAACGCACACCAAUAGCCUGUCGUUUUUCCAGUUACAGUGGGGAAUUGGGUUCGCCGGAUACUGUGCGUGACCUCAAAGGUUUUGCUGUGAAAUUUUACAGUGAAGAUGGCAUCUGGGAUAUAGUGGGUCAUAAUUCGCCGAUAUUUUUCAUACGUGAUCCCGUGUUAUUUCCCAGUUUGGUGCAUUCACAAAAACGUAAUCCCCAGACAAAUUUAAAAGAUGCCGAUAUGUUUUGGGAUUUUGCUACUCUAAGGCCGGAAAGUACCCAUCAGUUGUGCUUAAUGUUUGGUGAUCGCGGUAUACCAGAUGGUUAUCGUCAUAUGCAUGGUUAUGCUGUACAUACCUAUAAACUAAUUAAUACCAAGGGCGAGCCUAUUUAUGCAAAAUUUCAUUUUCGCACGGACCAGGGAAUACAAAAUUUGGAAGCUAAAAAAGCUUCGGAAUUGCAAGCCUGUGAACCAGAUUAUUCUGCACGUGAUUUGUUUAAUUCCAUUAAGAAUGGCAAUUAUCCCAGUUGGUCUAUGUAUUUGCAGUUGAUGUCAUUUGAUCAGGCUAAGAAAUUCAAAUACAAUCCUUUUGAUUGUACCAAAAUAUGGACUUACAAUGAAUUCCCCUUAAUACCGGUGGGUAAAAUAGUUUUAGAUCGUAAUCCCUGUAAUUAUUUUGCUGAAAUUGAACAAUUGGCUUUUAGUCCGGCCAAUAUGGUGCCGGGUAUAGAAGCUUCCCCGGAUAAAAUAUUACAAGCACGUCUGUUUGCCUAUUCCGACUCGCAACGUCAUCGUUUAGGUGGAAAUUUUACUCAAAUCCCAGUAAACUGUCCUUAUCGCGUGGCAGUCAAGAACUACCAGCGAGAUGGUUUUAUGUGUGUAACUGACAAUCAGGGUGGUGCCCCCAAUUACUAUCCCAAUUCAUUUUCUGGUCCUGAAAUAUGUUCACGCACCAAAGCUUUACAAACCUGCUGCCCUGUGGCUGGGGAUGUUUAUCGCUUUAGCAGUGGCGAUACGGAGGAUAAUUUCAGUCAAGUUACCGAUUUUUGGGUUUUAGUUUUGGAUGAAUGUGCCCGCAAACGUUUGGUCAAUAAUAUAGCAGCUCAUUUGUGUGGUGCUAGUGUUUUUAUACAGGAACGAGCCGUGAAGAAUUUUACAAUGGUUCAUGCUGAUUUUGGUCGGUUAUUAACAGAGGACUUGAAUUUGGCCAAAAUGGGGCAAUUGUGUGUGGCAUAGAGGGAAAUAUUUGUAUGUAAUAAAAACGUAGUAAUAUAUUUUAAUAAAAGCAAUUGAAUAUUUUAAUAAAUAUA